ACAACGAAAGUUAUUCGCUUUUAGUGAGACGUGUUUUUGAAAGCGUUUGCUACGCGUAAUAGUGUUUAUAACAAGGCAUACAAAAUUAACUCUGGUUGUUAAUUGGAACUCUUUCACUUUUUUUAUAAUUCCCAAAAUCGAUAUGUUGUUUAAUAUAUGUGUGAAAUAAAUACGAAGAAGCAAGAUUUUGUUAUGGAGCCCACUAUUAAAUAUGAAAAUUGUGAAGAAAUAUUCAUAGGACCGGCUGGCGUAAUCACCCCAGGCACUGGACAAAAACGUCAUUUCGAUAAUAUCAGCGAUGGAAAUGAAUAUGCGAGCGGAGGUGGCAGUUAUUGUCAAGAAAAUCCAAAUCCAAACCAAAAAUCACAAAAUUCUGGUUUUAUAGCACCCACGCAUCAGACUUUGUACGCACAAUUUCAAAAUACUGUCGUUGGUCAACAGGAGAUGAAACCGGCUAAACGUUAUCGACGCGGAGAAAGCGCGGUAUUGUUUUCGCCACCUUUCUUCGAAGUUCCAGAUGACAUUAACGCACAAGGCGAUACAUUUACAGCCCGAUGCGUCUCUUGCCAAGUAAUUUUACGUGGGCACAAAAAUGUUUCGUCCAACUUUAUUAAGCACAUGAAACGCUCACAUCCUGAAGUACACAAAAUGUAUGAAAAUUACAAAUUGUUAAAACAGCAUAGUAGGAAUAUGAACUUACUGGUGAAUAAGUCACCAGCGGCGACAAGUGAACAAAGCUUUUUUGAUGUUAGUACAUGCUUAGAUAAUACACAAUCCAACACUACACAAAUAGGGACUGAUGCAGUAGAAAAUGAGCAGAAUUCCGAAACCACCGAAAAUUCCCAACCGAACUCUAAUACAGAUUUAAAUGAUACCAACGAAAAUUCAGUUGAUUCUCAACCCAACAAAAACGAUAUUUCUAUGUCUGAAGUUAAUUUAUCAAACAAAACCCUCCACGCAAUAAGCAAAAUGUUUGAUGAAAAGUUAAAGUCAUUCGCAACAAAAGCAGAAUUGAGCGAGGUGACUAAAAACAUUAUCAACCAAACGCGUUCACGACAAAGUACACCAUGUUCGACCAGCGUUCAUGACGGGCAUAAUGAUGACGAUGAAGUUGAAGGUAAAAAAGUAGAUAAAUAUAAAACAAUACAAAAUGAGCUUGACAUAUUGCGUCAACGUUUGUCUCAAUCCGAACAGAGUAAACGCAUUUUACAACGCGAACUUCACACACUAGAAAAAAUAGUGCGAAAACGUAAGCUUAUUAUAAAUAAUAUACCAAUAGCACCAGAUCAACAGCCGCAAGCUGCAGUAGAGCAAUUGCUUAAGGAACGUUUUGAUCUUCCGAAUGUGCAGUUAGAAAAUGUUUGUGUUAUAGGCAAUAGAAAUAGGCAACAUAACGAUAGGCAGACGCUUCUUGUGGAAGUGGUGCGAGAGUGUGAUGUGAAUGCAAUAUUUAGAAGGAGUGCUUGUUUAAAAAACACCGGUAUAUAUAUUGACUCCCAAAUGUCCCAAAUAUCGCUGAAACGAAAAGAAAAGCUCUUGGUGUUGCGACGGGAGAUGUUGCGGCGAAAUGAAUCAUUGAAAAUAUUAGUGCGUAACACACAAUUACUCGUAUGUGGGACUUAUUUCUACUGGGAUGACUUGUUGGGUUUGUGUGUGGGCAAUUUGAAUAUGUCGGAAAGCACUUUGGUCAGCGAUGAUGCAGCCGAGGAAUUGAAAAAACUAACAAAACUUGAUAUGAAAGAAUUCCUUAAUGUUUUGAAAAAUUAUGAUAUUAGAUAAGUUUUAAUUACUUUUACUCAUUCCAAUUUUUUAACGCAAAUCCAUUUCUGUUAAUUGGAUUUAAUCUAAUUUCUUAUGAAAAAGUGACAUAUUUUGACAAUUACAUACCUUAAAUAAAAAGUUUAGCGGAUUUCCUGAAAUUCUAUAUAUUUUGUAAUAUUACACAUACA